GCUGGGAGCCCAGGCUAAUAUUGUUUUAUUGGCCCUGUAAUAGAACUCCCCACAGACCACGGAGCGCCAGGACCCGGACGUGGAGCUGCCCCUGACUCCAGCCUUUGGUUGAUUUCCCCGGUCCCCAGUAUAAGGGCCGCUCUGGAAGGAGAUGAAGCAGUGAUUGAGAACACUGACCCCCCCCGGCCGGUGAGGGAGGGGCAGAGACAGGAGGCUGGCAGCGGCACCAGCAUUGAUGCAACUCUCCACGAAGUCUUUCUGCUGUGACAGCCCCGUGCGAACAGUCUCCUAUCCUUCCAACCAGAUAGCGAUCACAUCCCGCUCUACACAUUGUCCGACAAGUUCACGUUCUCCAUGGGAACCGGGGGGAUGUCAGGAACCCGCUGCCCCCUGUGACCUGAGCGGUCUGUGCCCGGAGCCGUCUCCCUGCCCAUGCUUUGCCCAGCCGUACUCACCAUCCAGGUAAUCGGGAACCAUGAGAAGUGGCCGCUGCCCGAGGAGGUGGACAGAGUCCGCGGGGAUCCUGCUGCUACUGCUGGACGCGCUGCUCAGGUGGUCGUCCGCUUCUGGCUGCCCCUCCAACUGCAUCUGCGCCUCUGACCUGCUGAGCUGCACCAGAGCGGCUCUGACUACUGUCCCUGACGAUCUGCCCCACACAUCGGUCACCGUGGACCUGAGUCACAACAGCCUCAGCACCCUGCACAGUAACUGGCUGUCCGGGGUGCCCAGCCUCCAGACCUUAUGCCUCCACCACAAUGAGAUGAAGCGGCUGCCGGCCGGGGCCUUCCAUAACGCCACCCGGCUGAGGCACCUGGACCUCUCCUCCAAUAAGCUGCACAGCAUCCAGGUAGGACACUUCCAGCAGCUGCACAGCCUGGAGGAACUUCUGCUCUACAACAACUACAUCUCCCGGGUGGAGGAGGCGGCCUUCACCAGACUGAGCAACCUCAGAAAGAUCUACCUGAGCUGGAACAACCUGAGCAGCUUCUCAUUCAGCUCUGUGCACAACCUGAGCCACCCCCACCUCCGCACCCUGGACUUGUCCUCCAACAGGUUCCUGGAGCUGCCAAUACACCAGGUGUCCUCCCUGCCGGGCUUCAUCAAGAACGGCCUGUACCUGCACAACAACCCGCUCACCUGUAGCUGUGGCCUCUACACCCUGCUCAGCCAUUGGAGGCAACGAGGCUUCUCAUCCGUCCUGGACUUCUCCCGGGAGCACACCUGCCUGUACAUGGGCAAGCCUCGGGCAGUGGUCCGCAUCCUGGACUCCCAGAAUGGCCUUGACAACUGCUCCUUUGGACUUGGCCAAGAACUGGGUGACCCUGGCCUAAAGGUCCUGGUGGGGAGGAGGCUCUUGGUGACCUGUAACACCAGUCUGCCCCAGGAGAACACCACCUACCUCUGGAUCUCCCCGGCCUAUGACUUUAUCCUUCCACCUGGAACCAGUAACCAGAGCUUCAGGAUCCAUCCAAAUGGCAGCUUAGAGAUACACAGGGCACAACCCUGGCACUCUGGCAUCUACCUGUGCAUCGCAGUCAACAGGCACUUGAGCUACAACGCAACUCAUGAGGUGAAUGUAACCGUGCACUACCCCCGGCAUGAGGCAGAGUCCUUCAAUACUGGCCUCACCACCCUGCUGGGCUGUGUGGUCAGCCUGCUCCUGGUCUUCAUAUACCUCUACAUGACUCCAUGCCGCUGCUUCCGCUUCUGCUCCAAGCCCCCACAAACCCCCAGCCCUCCGCAGUCUUCCAUACUGUGCGGAACCCCACCAGUCUGCGACGGCCCAAACAACCGCAAGGUGGGAGCAAGCCGUCAUGUCGUCUUCUUGGAGCCAAUAAAAGAAGGACGGUCUGAAAAGAACCCGAAGAUCCUUCAGCUGCGGUCAGACUCGGACAGCUCUGUAUUCUCAGACUGCCCAAUAGUGCAGACAUAGAUGCAUGGAUGCACUGGUGGGCAUGCUGCAUGGCAGGGUGCACGCCUCUCCAGACUUGCUGCAUUUUGUACCAGGUAUUGACAGUGAACUGAAUUUAUCUCCCUACUACAGUGUUUCCCAACCAGGGC